AGUAAAUAAAGGGAAUUUGGAUGCAGGCCUCUGAAAUGAGCAGGAGUCAGGCUAACUCUAGCUUUAAUAACGCGAGAUUUGUAGAAGCGGGGAUAGUGCGAAGCGAGUGGGAAACGAACUGUGAAAGAGGCUGUUGUGACCUUGUAUUAGAUAAGAAUAGAAUGUAGACUAUAAGAGAAAUUGGUGAGAAAAAUAAGAUAUCAUGAAGGAAUAUGUAUAAACAAUAUGCAGCUGUUGCUUAUUAUUGUCUGUAAUAAAGGUAUAAAUGCUUGCUCUAAUUGUUUAUCUUUAGAGAGACCUGCCUAGGUGGGGGAAACCCUGUGUCCUAGUGCACUCUCUCCCUCUGUGCAAUUGCUUGAGAUAAUAAAGUGUAUCUGACUUGCUGCACCCAACCUGAGAGUGAGAACUGUGUUUUUCUCCGACAAUUUGGGGGCUCAUCCAGGAUGGCAACGCCUGUGGAGACAACGGCAGCUGCUGCGGACCGUUCCCCUUCGAACCCCAUGGCGCCACAAUAGAGUCCUUUUAUACACAGGUGAAAGAAGCCCUACCCAAGGAUCCUGAGCGCCCCUGCCACUCGCUGGAACCAGGAGACUGGGUCUACAUAAAGGUCCGUCAGCGAAAGACCGCCCUGGCCCCACGCUGGAAAGGUCCUUACCAAGUCCUGCUAACCACCAACACUGCUGUGAAGUGCCAAGGACUGACUACCUGGACCCAUGCUUCUCAGUGCAAAAAGGCCCCUCCAUCUCGGGAUGAUUCCCCGACUGAUAAUCAGUAUAUCUCUCCUCCUGAUGCUGCUGUUCCAUCUGGACAGCAGGAGAAAAGGACAAGGUGAAGUGCUAGUAACCUCUCCCUUGUCCACUGACAGACCUACUGCACCUUUGAAUUUUGCUAGAAGAAUCAAAGCAUUUCAGAGUGAUGUGCUAGUAACCUCUCCCCUGUAUAAUGCAAAACCACGACUGUUCCAAGAGAGAAGAAGGAACACCCGCUCUGCUGAAACCACCAAGAUCCAAGGAUUCCUGACUACAAAAGACAUUGAGAAUUGGCCUUGGUGGCAAAGACGGAGCAUUGUACAUUGGCAGGGAGGGAGUUGCGGGAUGUAUUCUUGGGAAUGUGGAGUGAAGUGGUGGGGUGGGUUUAUUCCAGGGGCUGGAAUCUGUGCUUAUGGGCAAAUACCAGCAGAAUGCACUGCCCUCCCUAAUUGGCUUCCAGAUGAUGAAUACCAAAAACGCCUUACUGCCACGAACAUUACUCCCACCAUCCCCUCCACCUUUGCCACCACUCCUGUAAGUUACCCAAAUACAGAUGAUACUGUAUAUUCUAAUGAAACCUAUUGGCCAAGACCUUCACAUCUGAGUGACGUAUUGAAAUUUUGUUCAGAAAACCUAUUUUUUAAGGUUCAUAAUAGUUCAUAUGAGAGAACAAUUGAAUGGAAAACAAAUGGAUCAGUGGAAAUAGAAAUAUAUGAUAUCACUACAGAUGAACCCCGAGAAUCAGAAAUUGCGAUUAGUGGGUUCUAUAGCGAAGUAGAUAUGAUGGUCGUUCCUGGAGUCUGUAAACUGUUAGAUGAAAGAGGCCCUCAUUGUUAUUUGGUCACCCAAUUAGUGAAUAACCAAACAUAUACCCAAAGAGUUUGUUCUGUAACUGGAAAUUUUACCUGUACUGAAAUGAUUCCAGUAACUAAUAAUUUAACCUGUACCAUAUUGCAAUAUACCCCCUCUUAUGCCAUUGAUGCUAAUGCCUCUCAGAAGUAUAUAAAGGUGUUUAGCCAACAGAUGUGGUAUAGUACUGUACCAGAAAGAGAUGUAGUAGGAUAUCGAUGGACUGUGAUUAAUACUACACUAGGGACUAUAAAAUUCACACUGCCCUUGUCCAGUUUUCAGAUCACCUCUACAUAUCCAAAUUGCUCAAGAGGGGCUGCCAUUAGGUUAGCACAACAAAGGGCCUGGGUUUCUUCUAGGAAGAAAAGGGACUUAGAUGGAUCCCUAUGGGAUGGGGCCAAUAGUGCAGCAGCAAUUUGGAAUAUUUAUAGAAACCAAGAACAUGAAGAGAAAUUAGGACAAUUGGAAAAAGCCACUGGCCUUAUAACUGGAGCACAACUAACCCAGGUUCAGGCUGGAGUUGGUGAAUUACGUGUUAUCUCCGCCCUUAGUUCAAUGACCCAGAAGCUGUUGACAGAGAUGGUACUGAAUAUCACUGAGGCUGGGAAGGCAUUGCAGUGGGAUCUGGCUUGCUCAGAAAUCCAGGAUUUCCUGAAUGACCAGCUGAUGGCCAUUCGGAGUGAUCUAGAGCAUCAGGCCUGGCCUACUGCCCUUACAGACACUUCAGGCGUAUCAUCUGAUCUGUGGCCAUGGAGACACACUUGGAGAUUUUCUGGGUGGAGGUGCAGACGUUCGCAGUGUUCCUUCCAAGCAUACGGACCUGUUGGAGGGAUGUGGGCUCCCACAUACCGAAUCCUGCCGGGUCCGUGGGGAGGAUGCAUGUGGGACUGGGUAAUUCACCGAGACAUUUGGGAACUUAGACUACCUGGUAUGCCUAAUCGAUUUUUAGUCAGUGCUCCCAGAAUAACACCCGACAUUUGGAUAGGGAUAGGGAGUCAAUGGACAUUCUGGCCGUUAGAACCCCCACAGCUUCAGUGUGUACGUAAACUGAAGCCAGGGGAAGUUGUCACCGUUCAUGACAACGUUUGUUGGGAGGGUAUAGGACAAGGAACUACCCUGACAGGACACCUACUCUUCCAAGCUAAUGAUAGCUGUGUGCAUGUUGAGGCCACCAUGUUACAAGAUAUUCAUUUUAAUCUCACCACUGCUGCAGGCAACCAUAUUAUUUAUUGGCCUGCAGAUAGAAUUUUACAAUCAGCCCUUAGGUUUCAGAUACCCUUGAACUGGACCACCCUAGUACCUGAUCGAUUUCAAAAUUUACUUUCAAUUCUACCAGAGAUUCAGAAAAUUACUGAAUUACAAGGGCAACUUCAUAUGCUUCAAAAUAUAUAUCAAGUUGAAAAGUAUGCCUUUCAUACCGCUUAUAGAGUGUCUACUUUAUGUACUAAGUAUGAUGUAUUGUGUUUUGUGACUAAAACUGUGCAACAACCCCAUCAUAUUAUCACUAUGGGAAUGUUAUUGCUUGUAUUGUUGUUAUUUGGUUUAGGGUUAUGUUAUUGUUGUUAUAAAGGACGUAACAAUAAUAAUACUUUACAUGUCCAUACUAACCAUGCAUUGUCAUUGUAUCCAAUUAAAACCCCUAAGGUUGAAGUAUUUGAUGAAGAGUUUGAAAUACAAAAUUUAAUGAAAAUGGAAAUUUAAAAUUGAUAGUUGUGCUGGAAGCACAAAAGGGGGGAGUGUGGAAGUAGAUAAAGGGAAUUUGGAUGCAGGCCUCUGAAAUGAGCAGGAGUCAGGCUAACUCUAGCUUUAAUAAUGUGAGAUUUGUAGAAGCGGGGAUAGUGCGAAGCGAGUGGGAAACGAACUGUGAAAGAGGCUGUUGUGACCUUGUAUUAGAUAAGAAUAGAAUGUAGACUAUAAGAGAAAUUGGUGAGAAAAAUAAGAUAUCAUGAAGGAAUAUGUAUAAACAAUAUGCAGCUGUUGCUUAUUAUUGUCUGUAAUAAAGGUAUAAAUGCUUGCUCUAAUUGUUUAUCUUUAGAGAGACCUGCCUAGGUGGGGGAAACCCUGUGUCCUAGUGCACUCUCUCCCUCUGUGCAAUUGCUUGAGAUAAUAAAGUGUAUCUGACUUGCUGC